AUGCUCGAACGUGCACCUCGUCUCUUUGAAUUAGCAACUGAGGAUCUGCACAGUUGUUGGCCUCUAGAAAUGCUUUCACUUGAUCUACAUAAUGCGUCGGUAUCUUAUCUUAUUUUCUUAUCAUUCUUAGGAUUUUGUCGUCAAUUCUACGACAAUGAACAAUCUAUUGUAUUAAGCUACUCAUCACUUGGCACUCAAUGGGAAGUACUUAAUAUUGGUGUGACAAAUCAAACAUGUAUUCUUGAUUUGAUUAAUAAUAUGCACAAACUUCGAGUGCUGAAUGUUCCAUGCCAAGAUACAAAAGUGAAUAAAAUGCUAAGUAAUUGGUCUCAGACUGAACAUGAAUAUCAACAGGAGCAAGAUGAAUUUCUCGAACGGUUACGAGAGCACUUGCCAUUAUCAUGUUCUUGGCCAAAAUAUAAAUGGAAUGGCCCGACUCGAUUGUGGAUUCGUUGA